UAUAAUAUUAACUAAUGUUAUUGAUGGGGUAGUACAUGAUAGUGAGAUUUUAAAUAGGCACUACUAUAAAAAUACAUUUGAAAUGCAAGCAUUUGGGAAGAGGUACUAUAUCAACGGUAUGUACUUAGAGAUUGCUAUGCUGUAUUUUAUUUUAACGAAAAUACAUCAGUAUUUAAUAUCAGUGAAAUAAUUUAAUUAUUGUUUAAUUACAGGUUCAAUUACCUAAAGAAUAUAUGCCCCCGACUAAACGAAAGAGAAGCAGAGGAUAUGGUGGACCACCCGAUGGUAUGUGGGAGAGUCCAAUGUUUUGUCAUCAGCAGCAACCCCCACCAUCAAGACAGUUGUUCCUGCCGCAGCAGCUGCUGCAGCUCAGAGCGCAGAUACUGGCUUACAAAUAUUUAGCCCAGAAUCAGCCUAUGCCCGAUUCAUUGAGAUCAGCGGUUCAGGGUAAAUUCACAAUGAUGCAAAGCCUUCAAAGACCAACCACAGAAAAACCGGUAUCUCAGGACACAGGAGUAUCGUCCGAUCAGCUAAAGAUAUUACGGAGGAAUGUUAUGGACACUCUUGCUAACAAGAGUUCUGGGCCGAGAGAUAUAACAUGUAUAUGGGACUAUGCCGGUCAGAUGAUUUAUUAUAUUACUCACCGGGUUUUCCUCACAGAUGGGUCAUCUUACGGAAUAGUGUUUAAUUUGUUGGAUAAUUUGGAAGAAUUUGCAAAACCAAGAGAUAUUCUUAAAGGACACUUUGAGAUGACUAAUCUCCAAAUGAUCAUAUUCUGGAUAAGGUCAAUUUACGAACACACCGUAGUGCUACAUCGCACCGACAAGAAACCGUUGAUUAAUGGCAUGAUCGCAUCACCCCCAAUUAGUCUCAUUGGGACGCACAAGGACCUUCUAGAAGGAAGCGAUGCUGAGAAGCAGGCACAGAUUGAAGCCAAAUUCAGAAGGAUAUUUAAGGAAAUCGAAGACACACCGUACGAGAGUCAUGUUGACCGCAAUAUGUAUGCAGUAGCUAACAAUGCAAAAAUGGAUGAAGGGAUUGAACGAUUAAAAACAAAUGUUGGUGGUUAUAUGAAAUCAAUGGCAAAAACUAUUCCCAUCAGUUGGGUGGACUUUCAAACUAAGGUACAAGAAGCUGGAAAGACAACAAUGCACAUGUCCUUGUAUAAGAUCACUAAGAUUGCAGUAGAUUGUGGUAUUAAUGAAGAAAAUGUCAUCCACGUCCUCAAUUACCUGAAUGAUGUUGGGAUCAUUCUGUAUUCACCCACUAACCAGAAGUUGAAGAACACAGUGAUUACCAACAUCCAUAUGCUGAUUGGUAUCUUCAUGAAAAUCGUCACUGUUAUGAAACCUGUUGAUGUUGACAAGGUUCCAGUUAUGGUAAAGUAUUGGCGUAAAUUAGAUGAAGAAGGAAUUCUUGCAGAACCGCUAGUACGUUAUUUCUGGAAAAAUCAACUUACUGCCAGUAAAGAUGGCAACGACGUCUUUGAAGACUGCAUUGAACUCAUGAAGACAUUCGGGCUUCUCUUUCAAAAGGUAAAGAUAUUGCUAGGAUUAUUGCAAGAAGGCCUACAGACAACCUAGUUAUGUUUACUUUAC